AUGGCUACUGCUGCAGUGACUGAUGAUUUCCGCCUGCCUAGUGUUAAUUAUACCGCAAGCAUUUGGGACGAUACCUUCACUUCAUUUUCGUUGGACGAUCGGAUAUACAAUCAUCGAUCAAUAUUGAAAGUAUAUAUUGCAGGUGUUUUCGACAAGUUUAAGGGCGAAGACAACAAAUUCAAAGAAACCCUAAAAAGUGAUGCUAAGGGAUUGUUGAGCUUAUACGAAGCUGCACACUUGAGAAUUCGUGGCGAAGAAAUCCUGGAAGAGGCUGCGGCCUUCGCAACAUAUCAUCUCAAUCUUAUGUUAGAUGAUGAUGAUCAACAAUUAUUAUUAGAGUUUCCAUUACUUGAGGAACAAGUGAAGCGGGCGCUACAGAACCCACUUCAUAGAGGCGUUCCAAGAAUAGAAACCCGUCAUUUUAUUUCAUUUUACGAAAAAGAUGAGUCGAGGAGUGAACUACUUCUCCGACUAGCCAAACUGGAUUUCAAUUAUUUGCAGAAUAUCUACAAGAAAGAGCUCUCCCAACUCUCCAGGUGGUGGAACGAAUUGAACCUGAUGCCAAAACUGCCGUACGCGAGAAGUAGAGUGGUGGAAUCCUACAUUUGGGCGACGGCUUUUUGUUUCGAGCCUCAGUACUCCGAUGCUCGAUUAGCAGCUGCUAAAACCUUGCAAAUGCUUACACUUAUCGAUGAUACAUACGACAAUUAUUCCACGAUUGAAGAAGCCGACCUUUUCACCCACAUUAUCCAAAGGUGGAAUAUUGACGAAAUCGAGGACGACGACGAUAAAAUCCCCGAUCAUAUAAAAAUUAUUUGCGUGUUUACUUUUAGCAUGUACGAAGACUACGAUCGUGAAGCAGCCAAACGAGGAAAAUCUUUUGCAGCUCCUUAUGCCAAAGAAAGUGUGAAACACUUAUGUAGGGCUUACAAUAAAGGGCUAAAGUGGUGCAUGGGAGGAGAAAAUAGUAAUAUGCCAAGAUUUGAAGAUUACAGUGUGAAUACAGUAAUCACAAGCUGCCUGUAUGUUUUCUGCUCAUGGAUGAUGCCGGGUAUGAGACACGUGUCGUCAAAAGAAACCGUUGAUUGGCUGAUGAGCGACCCUAAGAUUAUUGCAGCUUCUGCUAAGGUGUGCCGCUUUUUGGAC